GUGGUUAUUCCUAUGGGUUGUAGUCACAUAUGCUAUCUAUAAUGGCACAGAUAUAAAGAUGAGUCCUCCAUCUACCUCUAUGGGAUUUUGUAAUAGUAUUUGGUAAAAAGCAAAGGCACUCGAGAAAAGUGUGCGCAGUGCUCAUGAGCCAGCCAACUCACACCUCACAAAUGUUGCGUUCACUCCUCGUUUCAAGUCGAAGAUGCACUGGUCGGGGCUUAUUUAUGGACGAAGCUGCUUGUGUCCGGCAGCAGCACCGUGGCCUGAACUCUGCAGACAGCCACUAUGAUGGACUGUACCCAGGCCACAUCCCCACCAACCCCAUCCAGAAAGCCCUGUUGGCUGUCGGCUCCGGGGUGGCAGCCCUGCAAGACCCCUACAGACAUGACAUGGUGGCAGUGCUGGGAGAGACGACAGGACACCUGGCCCUGAUGACGCUCCGGGACCGAAUGAGAGGAGACCCUGAGGGCUAUACCAUUCUAACAGAGCGCCCACGGAUCCGACUUUCCACAUUGGAUCUGUCCAAGAUGGCCUCCCUUCCGGAUGGAUCCUUUGGGAGAGAGUACCUGCGCUUCCUUGAGGACAAUAGGGUGACCCCUGACUCGAGGGUGAACGUGAAGUUUGUGGAUAAUGAGGAGUUGGCGUACGUCAUGCAGAGGUACCGAGAGGUCCACGAUUUACUGCACACCUUACUAGGCAUGCCCACUAACAUGCUGGGUGAAGUGGCAGUAAAGUGGUUUGAGGCUGCUCAAACUGGCCUGCCCAUGUGCAUCCUGGGAGCAGCGUUGGGACCCCUCCGUCUGUCCACAAGUCGUCUGGAGCCCUUGGUGACGUCCCUGGGACCAUGGGCUGUGAGGAAUGGCCGGCAGGCCCGCUGUGUCCUCAGCAUCUUCUAUGAGCGCCGCUGGGAGCAGAGUCUGGAGAACCUGAGAGAGGAGCUGAACAUCGAGCCGCCCCCGCUCACCAUCAGGGCCACCAGCCAGAAAGCCACAUUAGACUCUUAGCACUGACCUCGAAUGUCAGAGGUCACACUGUACAACCAGAUGGGAAGAAUGCAGGGACUCUUUGGAGGGAUGUCAUACAGUAAUUUAGGCAUUGUAUGUGGGCUGACUGUGUCAUAGCAAUUGUGUCAAGCUUCCCCCAUGUGUUCAAGUGAAGGAAUUAAAGGCUAAUAGUCACAGUGGGUGCAGAGGAUUACCAGAGGGCUGGAUGCAAGUUUCACCAUCCAAUUAUUUCAGAUCUACAGGAGUGCAAGUUUCACCAUGGCACAGACCGUGGCUAUACUUAGAAUAUGGCACAUAUUAGUAAAUUAUUGCAUUUUAUCCAUGCUACCUGAGACAUGAAACAGCUAAGUGGGAGGGCAUACAGGCAGGCAGGAGGGCAUACACGCAAUUUGCCUAAAUGGCAAUGGAAACACUUCAACCUCUUCAUUUUUAUUUGACACUGUAGCUAUGUUUUUGCGAAAGAGUGUAUUUGUUAGGUGUGACGUCAUUACGUUCAGCUGUUUUUAAAAGUCACCUUGUCCUAGAAAGAUUUACACAGUUACCAAAUGUCACGCCAGGGUAAGCCUACACGAAACACAGCCCUUAUUUGAAGUGGUUUCUAAAAAUCCCCUAUGGGAAAAAAUGAAUGGUGGAAAAAACGAUUUGAACCAUUUCACUGUUUGACUGUUAGCUUUUAUGGGUAUUAUGGCUCAUACUGUGGUCCUCUAUGGUCUUCUAUAUCUGCCAUUUUCAUUACAUAUGUCGCAAUGAUUCCAUGGAAACCUGCCGAUUGAGUGCAAGGCACUUUUUGUAACACAACCUUGUUGAGGGUCUUGUAGGUCAUGGCUAGAAGUGAUAGGCUACAGCUUUUGUAAAAUUAAUGUCAAAAGGUGAUUGUUUUAUUUUAUUUUAGCUAACCUAAACCCUAACCCUUUUCCUAAGGCCUUAACCUAAUUCAUCUAACCUGCUACGUUAAUUCUCCUAACCUGCUACUAAAAGUCAAAUCUAAAAAAAGCUGUAGGCUACAUAUUCCAUCUACUCAAAACCGGGUCUUGUAUUAGGCCUACCAGCUGGCAUUCUUCAACCACCUAAUCAACACAAGGCUGGGCAGACCGAGAACAAAGGAGAGUAUGUUGCUGCCAAUGGAAGCUGCCAGUUAGACUGCGAGCUGGAAAUGAGUGGUUAUUUAGUCAUCAAUUGAUGACUGUUGAUAGAAAAAGUAAUGUCUAGUCUGGUAUCAUUCAAACACUAAGACUCAAAAAAUGUUCUAUCUGACAUGGUCCUAUUGGUAUCACACAUGGCACAUUUACUGUAAAGAAUGGCAGUCAUGUAAUAUGUGUUUUAUUUGCCAAUAUGUAUUCAUGAUGAGCACAGUGCUGUUUAUGUAUCUCAGGGGUGAGAUGUGUCGUUCAUCGAUAAACAAUUUGCACUUUG